UAACAAAUUCUCUUGACCUGUUAUCGAUUCUUAUUUUAUUUUUCUGCUGACUUCAAACAUAAGCAUAUCUCAAACGUAUGUACGAAAUUAUUGCCUAAUUGCCCGACGAGCUCAACAACUUUUAAGGCAAAAAUGUAAAAUGGAUAAAGUUUUCAGAAAUCGCAGCAGGCAUGCCUGGGAAGUUUCUGACAAGCAAAACCUUCUCCUUCACUCGCUUCGAUUUCGUUUCAAGUUCAUUUCGAUAUGUAAAUUUUGAGUAAAACGAAUUAAGCAAAUAAAUAUAUUCGUUCAAAGCGCAUUGUUUGUAUAUGUAAACUAUUCCGUGAAUUGAAAAUUUACUGAUUGUUGAUACUAAUUUCAAAAAUACUGCUGCAUGCUCGCCGAUACGCAGAAAUUUGCUGAUAAGUUACCAUCGCUAAGACAACCAGCUGUCCGCUUGAAAAGAAUAAAAGAAGAAUAUUCUGUAAGAAUUGUAAGUAAAGUAAGUAGUCAAAUGGAUGGGAAAACUUUGAAACGCAUGCGCUCCGAGGACGAUGAGUGUAACAAUAAUGUUACCCAAACCAAAGUCUGGGUCAACGAAAAAAUGAGAGAUUCUCGCGACCCAGACAAAAUGAAAGCCGUCCAUGAAAAAACGACAAAGAUUAUGAUUGAAGGCGCCGCAAACCUGAAUGCUACUUCCGAUGUCGAAAAUCCCGCAAAGUUAUGCGACCGAUAUUAUCUGUUUGGCGAUGGCACUAUCAUUUUGCGCGACAUGAAUCCCGACGGUGUCAAUCCCGGCCUCGUUCCCCGCGUCGCCUCCUGCUGCAGGCGUCCGCAGCUGAUAAUCGACCAGUGUGCAAACUGUACUUUUGAUUUAUGCGAGGAAUGCGGCUAUUCGUGUGUCGAGUGCCAUGAAUUCAUAUGCCACACAUGUGUCACCCUGUUCGGCAAUCGUCCAGAAGAAGCCGAGCAUCCAUUGUGCGAAGUUUGCCAGAUGUUUGUAUCCUAACCAUCAGCAGAGAGCAUGCAAUGCACAUACAUCCGCACACAAAUCCAUGCUCACAGACGCCACAUGAUAUACAAUUAUAGAAUAAGAGCAUUUCGGAUAAAUCAAACUUAAGUACGAAAUCUAAA